CCAAACACCCGCGGCGCAAUCCCCACCCUCCAGACCAGCCACCUCCGCACCCUGAUGCUCUCCGCCCACCGCGACCGCUCCAAAAUCCUCGCAUUCCCCUGUAGCUACGACGGCCUGUCCUCACGGCUAAUCGAAGAAGCCGGCUUCCCCAUGCUCUUCCUCUCCGGCUUCGCAGUCGCCAGCUCCCACGGCCUCCCAGACACCGGGUACAUCGCGAUGGCAGAGAUGUGCGACAAAAUCCAGGAGACAGUCCGCGUUUCCACCCUACCGGUCAUGGUCGAUGGGGAUACGGGGUAUGGGAGCCCCAUGAACGUGAAGAGAACGGUGGAGGCGUUUGCCGCGGCCGGCGCGGCGGGCGUUAUGAUUGAGGAUCAGACCUGGCCGAAGCGAUGCGGACACACAGAAGGCAAAUCCGUCGUGUCCCGAGGCGAAGCAUACGCCCGGAUCCGAGCAGCCUGCGACGCGCGCAACGAAGGCCGGGAUAUCUUCAUCCUUGCGCGGACAGACGCUCUAAUACACGGCUGGGACGAGGCGAUGGCGCGCGCGCACAAAUUCAAAGAGAUCGGUGCUGAUGCGGUCUUCAUUGAAGCUCUUCCGGACCGGGAAUCCAUGAGGCGGGCGGUUGCGGAGCUGGAUAUGCCGAUGCUGGCGAAUAUCAUUGAGGGUGGGAUGACGGAGAAUCUGGCGGCGAGGGAGCUGGGGGAGAUGGGCUUUGCGGCGGUGGCGUAUCCGUGGACGCUUGUUGCGUCGAGACUGAAGGCGACCAGGGAGGCGUUGGAGGGGCUGAAGAGGAGUAUUCUGGAGGGAGGACCGCCGCCGAUGAUUCUGGGGUAUGACGAGGUUUGUGAGGGGGUGGGGUUUGGGAAGUUCAAACUGUUCAUCCUCAUCUACAAAGGGGACCCCCUCGACUACUCCGAAUACCGCCACACCGCCCUCUACUUCCACUUCCCCUCCUCCCGCAGCAUCAUGCACAUCGUGGGCUGCCCCGGCCUCUUCCGCUACGUCAACAACAUCGACACCGACCCCUCCGUCAUGGGCAGUCUCGCCAAGGUCAUCCCCGUCACCGAGAUCCCCACAGACAUCGGCGAGGAAUCCAUAUCCCAGACCGUUGCGCGCACCCCGAUCCGCAACGGGCGCCUGGAUCUGGAUUGGAACUGCCAGAACUGGGUCGGCGAUGCGCUGGCGAGACUGGUUGAGCGCGGGUGGAUUUCGGCGGACCAGCGCGGUGUGGCGAUUGAUAAGAUGGCAGAUGCUUGUUUGGAGGCGGGGGAUGAUUGACUCCCCCUUUUUGUGCAUUGUUAUUGAUAUUGAUAUUAGCGUGGUUCUGUAUCAUACUACGAUUCCCGGCUUUUGCCAGUUUGAUGAUUGGAAUGAAUGACAUCUGAGAUACCCAGCUGAUUUGACUUGAGUAUUGGACUCGCCGUGGUGUUACGACUAUGAUAUUAUCCCUGGAAGGACGUCAAAACAAGCUAGUGC